AUGGCCGAGCAGACAGUCUACCGUGCGAGCUCUACAGCGCCGGUAAAUAUUGCAGUCAUAAAAUACUGGGGAAAAAGAGAUGCUACUCUCAAUCUACCUACAAACUCCUCCCUCUCAGUGACCUUGUCCCAGAGCUCUCUUCGCGCAUACACCACUGCAUCAUGCUCCGCGAGAUAUCCUAGCGCGGACGGCGACACGCUCACUCUCAACAACAAGCCACAUAGCAUCCAAGGCUCACCACGAACUCUUGCUUGUCUUGCAGAUCUACGAUCUCUCAGACGACAAAUGGAAUCCUCGAAUCAGUCCCUCCCCAAGCUCUCCGCCUACCCCCUCCGCAUUGUGUCUGAAAAUAACUUCCCCACGGCAGCAGGGCUGGCCAGCUCUGCUGCAGGAUUUGCCGCUCUCGUACGGGCUGUUGCAGACCUAUACCAGUUACCUCAAUCAGCCAGUGAAUUGAGUAAAAUAGCCCGUAAGGGGUCUGGCUCUGCCUGUCGAUCGUUGAUGGGCGGAUACGUUGCUUGGAGAGCAGGUGAGAAGGAAGAUGGAAGUGACAGUAUUGCAGAGCAAGUUGCUCCCGAGAGCCAUUGGCCUGAAAUGAGAGCCCUUAUCCUGGUUGUCAGUGGUGCACAAAAAGAGGUACCAAGUACAGAAGGGAUGCAGCUGACCGUCGCUACGUCGACUUUGUUCCCAAGCCGUGCUCAAUCUAUCGUGCCGGAACGUAUGACAGCAAUUGAGAAGUCCAUUCAGGAGCGCAACUUCGAGAGCUUUGCCGAAAUCACGAUGAGAGACAGCAACGGUUUCCAUGCUACGAACUUGGAUACCUGGCCACCAACAUUUUACUUGAACGACACCUCCCGUGCUGCAAUCAGGGCCGUCCAUGACAUAAACCGUGCAGCUGGACGUUCCGUUUGUGCCUACACAUUUGAUGCUGGUCCUAAUGCGGUUAUAUAUUACCUCGAAAAGGACACUGACUGUGUAUUGGGAACCUUCAAGUCCAUUCUCACCUCCGCGACUGAAGGAUGGGAAUCAUCAAACUUUAAAAACACAAGCUCGCUCCAACAGUCUGUAGACUCUCGGGCUGCGGAGCUGCUGGCAAAGGGCGUAGGAAGAGUGUUCUUGACUGGUGUUGGCGGUGGCCCAAUUAGCAAGAAAGAACACCUUGUUAGCGAGUCCGGAGAAAUUUUGGUUACUGCUGCAUAG